GCGCUCCAGGUCGGCUAGCAUUCACCCCGCUGCAGGUGUAAACGUCACGGCCCCCUUAGAUUUUCUACUACGAUUGAGGGACGUUUCCUUCCCGUCCCGGUUUUCCACCAAACGUUUCCAUAGCCACCAACCCAGGUUGUGGAGAUGUGACAGAUUGCUAGUUCGUGUGUGUAUGUGGGGGGGAUAUGUGAAAAUUGAAUUCGUAGUGCCUUCUGCAGUGAACAUCCUCUUUUUGCCGAUAUCCUUGAAAUUACUCUGGAAGAUUCGCGAUUAGCGGUGUGAAGAGGUUCAAGGAUUUACGUUCAGCAAUUCUGGAUUGUGUUUGCGAAGGAUAAUGAAGUGUUUUUCAUCGGGAAAUUGAUCAAAGAUUGCCAAGUAUCCUUCGGAAGGUGCCAAGCUCAAGGCUGACUGGAUUACUCGUUUUACGUGCGAUGGUGUCGGUGUGUGAGUGGGAAAACAAACAACAAAAGAAGAAGAAAAUGGCCAUGGACGUCGCGCGGUAGAGGCAGUGCAGUGUUUUGGUACAGUGAAGAAGCUGCGUGUCAGGACGAUAUCUAUCUAGCUAUCACAACAGGUGUACAGCUUCGUUAGUGGCUCAUCUGGUCCUUUUGGGUUCCUACUCAACGUCCUGAGAGGAAAAACACCUGGCAAUUGUCGCAUUUUAUCGAGAGCGACAAUAAAAGCAAAAUACGCGUUUUUUUUAGUUGCCUUGAGGUGAAGGUGAAGGAAGGUGGUUUAGCAAGGCUCAGCAAAAAGUUGUAGGAUAAUAAAGUGACCAAUCUUGUUCAAGGCUAAAAGGACAGGAUGGUCAGGUUUGGCUACUGAUUGGAGUUAAUCGUGUUUUAAGGUUUCUGCUGGUGCCGGGACAUGCAAAGAUCGCGUCGCGGGCGCAAACUUCGCUGAAUGAAUGAAAUCGCGGUCCACCACAACCACUGAAUAUGAUGGAGUCGUCCAUCACUUCAACAGCUUCACCAAGCGGUUAAAAUUCCACCAGGACUUUCCAGCACCGAUUCCUGGCAGGCUAUCAAAUUAUCGCAGAAGUCGCCCACGCAACGACAAGUUUCAGCUGCGUGGUUGUUUGGCCGUUAAAAAGACCUUCAAGAGCUUGUAGUAGGGGAGAGCGAUUAUUUCAUGCCGUCUUUGAGAAAUGCGCCAAAAUGGAAGUGAACACAUAAUACAAGUGACGAAAAUAGGUUAACUUCCCCUGGCUUGGGUGGUCAGGGGGGUGGUUCUAUAUGAGAGCUCACGACGUGCAAUCUGUAUCUGGAAGCAAGGAGGCAAAAAGAAAAGACGAAAGCUCUCUGUAUCAUUCGGGUCACGCGACUUUUGAUCCGACCAAACUAGAGUAGCGUAGAGAGUGUCCUUGGUGUGGGUGUGGGUGGACAUUACGACGAAAAUGGGAAGCUUGCCAAAUUUGAACGAGCUGACGACGGAGCGGUUGGAGCGCCGGUUGGAGGAGCGGGAACGGAUGCAGGCCCGUGAAAGGAUCAUCGAGCGGGACUUUGCCCGGGACCAACGGGACGGUGGCGGAGCAGGACUGCGCGGGCUGGACCGACCGGUCUUUGUGCACCAGCAACAGAUUGCCGCCGCCAAAACCUUCUUCCAGCAGAAAUGCCCUCCCUCGGCCCGGAAGGUGAUGCGAACGCGAAGUUCCGGCCAGGCCCACCACAUCUGGGACGAUCCGUUGAUCGAGCAAUUCAUCACCAACUACUCACCUGCCUCGUCACGUAGCCAUCGCCUGGCGGUGGCCCCUCCCCUGGCCUACGGCUACCCGUUUCAGAGUUCAACCCUGGGCAACCGGAGGCGCGACUCGGUCAACAGUUCGAUUGGGGCGACUUCGGUGCGCCGACUGCUGACCGUGAACAACCGCAGCUAUGGGUGCCGGCACAAGAUUCCAACGCACGUGCGGACUAAGGUCACGAAGAACUUUAUUCUGCUCACGAUCGCCCACGGGUUGUUGUGUAUGGUGUUGGUUCCGAUGCUGGGACUGCAGGCUUCGAAUUCCACCUGGUUCGUGCAGGAAGCGUGGCUGCCGAUGGGACCGGACGUCGGUUCGGGACUGCUCAGUUUGGCCUGCAUCGUGACGGCGCUGAUGUGCCUGGUGACGACCAAGAUCCUGCGGAGAUUUGGCUACUCGAUCGUGCUGGCACUGGUGUAUGGUGGGCUUUGUGUGUUCUUGGCGGCGCACAUUUAUCCGGUUCUGGUUUCGCUGGUUCCUGGGUAUUUGAUUCUGGGGCUUGUUCUUGGACCGUCUGUGAUCUGCAAGCAAACGCUGGUGGUGUCGAUGGCUGGCAAGUUGAGCUGUUCACAGCCGGAAUGUGGGGGGAACAGCAUAGCCGGCAUCAACGCGGACAGUUUCGAUGAUCACAAGUUACUGUGCGGCAAGGACGAAACUAUUCGAAGGUUGGGACGAUGGUACAAAGCUGCCGGGGAUUUCGGGAUCAUCCUGGGAACCGUCAUAGCGUCCUUCAUCCUGACGUGCGCUUCGUCGAACGGUACUGGAUGCUAUUACAUGUCGCCGCUGCCCUCUUCAAAUACCUCAACGACGCAGCAGCAACUCAACACUAGUGCCGGAAUCGCCUUCAACCACGUGGACAUUGCCCCAACCUCAGCCAGUAGCGUCGCAAACCUACCCGAACCGAACCCAACCACCAAAGUGACCACUCCGGGAAUGCCCAGUUUCAAAGAAACGCUCUUCUUCCUGUACAACAUCCGGCUCCAGCAUCACAGCAAAGACGAAGAAGACGACGGUUUCCAGCUGGACCGGUUUCCGUACAGCACGUUCCAGACCAACGACCACGGCGAACGGAUCUGCGGGUCGCACCUCUGCCCCGUUUGGGAUCGGAACAUCCCGAUCAACAACAGUGCAAUCAACUCGCUGGGCAUGCAAACCUACACGGGGACACUGCCGCUGAUGGGACUGUACUUGAUCGGUGGGGUGAUUGCGCUGACCGUGACCGGUUUCACCACGCACAUCGAGCACAACGUAAAGUUCGAUUCGAUCCGAAAGAUGACCGAUACGAUGCUGUUUGCGGGACCGAUGGCGUACUUUAUCGGGACCGAGCAGGGGUACAUGCUGGCGGAUUUCAUGAAGGCCUUCGUAUCCUGCGAGCUCGGCCCGAACAGCGUCGCCGGCGCCAUGAUCGGAAUGGGGGUGAUGCAGCUGAUUGCGGCCUGCACCCUGAGCAUGCUCCUGCGCCACACCAAGCGGGUCGUCGUGAUAAUUGCCGGUUUCAUAUUCCACGCCUGCCUGCUGCUAGUUCUGCUCCGGUGGAAGCCCUCGCGCGACGACAGUGCCGUCCUGUACGUCAUUCCGGCGGCCUGGGGCGUCUGCAACGCGGUCUGGGAAACCCUGACCGGAGCGCUCGUAACCGUGAGCCACUCGACCAAGGUGGCCGAAGUGAUGUCCCCACUGCAGGCGCUCCGAUUCCUCGGGCUCGGAAUCACCUUCGGCGUGCACGGACUGCUCUGCGAAGCGCCCAAGAUCAUCAUUCUGGCCAUCCUGCUGGUCAUCUCGGUGAUUCCGUACACCAUGCUCGAACUGAAGCUCGAAAGCCAACGGAAAGCCGCCAAAGUGAACUUAUGACGAUUGUGUGCCCACGAUUACUAAUGUUUGGUCAAGUUAAAGUACUUCUAGGUGGGGGAGGGUGCAAAGUGCCCCACUUGGUGAUAUUUUUUCGACGGCACAAACUGGGUGAAAUCGUUUGCUCGCUCAACACGCUAGGGAUGCACAUGAACCCCUUCAUCAAGUAAAGUAAAAUAGGAAGCCCGGUUGUUCAGAGGAACCACAAAGUUAACAAAAUAUCAUAAAGAUAAAAUUACACCCUACCAAUGGCAGUCAGCGUGGUUCAAGAACUCCUACUUCAAAACUAUUGUAGAACUUGUUUGGUAGAGACUGUUGUUCUUAACUUUUACAUUGUAUUCUCUUCGGAUGUGUACGGCAAAAUUUAAGGAAAUAAUUCCGGAGGAAGGUCUUUCUAUAGAUUUCAUUUCCGAAUCAAAUAUUGAAAACUGAAAUUUUAAAAUGAUCAAAACAACAUUUUCAAAUUAAAGCUACCGAUUUUACUACUUGUGGGCUUGUGAACAUUUGACAUUUGUAGCGAACUGAUUUUUGGCAGUUUUCUUUAGUUCGUUCACACAUGAACGAAUGAGCAUUGCGCAAGGGGCAAUGACUGUCAAUGAUGGUUCUGACUUCAGGGCCCAGAAAUAGUAAAUUGAAAUGGAAAAAUAAUCACAAUAUGUUAAAUGCUUCUACAAGCAAAAUAAAAAAAACGUUCCUUGAUUGAUACAUUUUCAAUCCCCUCAAUGGCCGAUCAGGAAUGAUACCUUUCAGAGCCUUAACAUGACUGCAUUCGAAUGAUUGCUGUCGUCACGCAGCUCCGCACGAGCAAGGGAGUGAAAAAAAGAGAAAGAGAAAGACGUGCGGCUGCUUGAGUGUUGAACUCGGUUUGUGUUAGUUCCGACUUCGUGUGCGUUCACUGUUGGUCGUCCCGAAUUAUGAUCACAGGCACAGGCACUGUGAGUGAGAUUUCAAAUAUGUAUCGUUUUUGACGAUGAAUGCUUACUGAAAGCAUUUUCAAAUUUCGUGCAAUCACUGUCAGCGACCGUUCUCUUUUUAAGGCUUGUUCUAAACAUUGCCCUCCAGUCCUACUCAAGAUUAAUUUGAGUUUCUAAUUGGCAUUCAAUCUGUUUUUUAUUGUGUUUGAUUGGCUUUAUUUUUGCAAUUUUACAAAACCCUACAUUUUUCAAGCAAGCACCAACUCUGGUUUGAAAUAUAAAGUAUAAAUGCUGGUUUUAUCAUGUUUGAGUCAAAAAAACUAAUUUUAUGGUUUUAAGAAAUUUUAUUAUAAACUUCUUCAGAAUUGACUUGACUUAUUUCGACAAAAGACCACCUCGGGAGUUGUUUUCAUAGUAUGGCCGUACUAUAAUGUAUUCUUCCGGCGUAGUUCUUUCGUAGAACCCGACGCUAGUCAAAGUUUCCCUAAUACUUAUCAAAGCUUGAGUGUGCCAAAAUAAACGAACCAGUGCCACAACGGUGUUGAAGAUAAUCAUAAUGGUUUUGAAAAAACAAUUCGAUUAGACCAAAUAUUUGUAGCUUUCUGGUAGCACAUUAAGCAAGUAAAGACAACCAAAUCAACUGUUAGCGAACCGAUGGCCUCCAAUAAUGAAACAGUAAGUGUAAACUGUAUAGAAACUAAUCAAAAACCGUCAGCCUAAAGCCAAAAUAUCACGUGCAAAAACGAUGUUCCAUUUGAUACAAACACUACUACGACACACUGAACGCAGAAAAACAAAUUUGUGCCAAGAUGCCUAAAAUUUAAGAACGACGUAGCGUUAAGAUAACCACUUUCUUGGUGCAAGUGUUUUGAAACAAAUAAGAAAGAAUAAGUAUUUUUUAGAUGCAAACACAAGUAUGUACAAGAAUGCUGCCCAGCACUGAAUUCGUAGUGGACUCCGUUGCCACAACCCUCUCCACUAAUCACUUGUAUUAAUCAACUUGAAAUUCGUGUAGGAAAAGAAAACAUAACUUUAGAGAGAGAAAAAGAGUAACCAAAAGUAGGCAAACUGUAAUCAACUUUCUAGUACUCCCAUAAAGAUUUCUAGUAAGAACUGACUCUGUAGAGAAACCUUAAAAUAAAGCUUAAAACUAUGAUUAAACACACUUUCAAGUAGCUGCAGAAGGUUGCUAUAUUAUAAACCUAUCUACCAACCACAUGAUGUAAUGAUGUGUACUAAUCGGAUGAGUAUCGAUAAAAAAGGAUGUGAAUAAAAGACAAUUGGGCAAAAA